AUGGAAGAAGGAAAUGAAUGGACAGAAGAACCAAAUGUCCUGGCUCUGCUUUGCUUGGAGCUUCUAUCCAUGGUUCACAACUACAAACAAGCUCUGGUGGACCUGCAGCUAUCCACACAAAUCCAAGUCAGGUUUUCUGAGAGCUGGGAGGAGCUUGAAGAAUGUGCCACUAUGUUCAUAAAGGCUGUAGCUGAAGCACAGUUCAAGGGAGAGAAGGCAGGGUUCUCCUUUUACUUAGAGAAGUGGUGGUGCAGGGGGGUGAAGGUGGAUCCUUCCUGAAAGGUUCUCUUGGAAGUUUGGAAACAGCAGAUACAAAAAUUUAACUGUGUCAGCCCUGAGAUGGCUGAAGCUAUUGUUGCCUGCCCUUCUCCUCAGCUUCUGAUCCAUACCUAUAGCAGAUGCUACUCAGAGCAGGAGUGGGAAUAUAUGCUGGCUGAUUUCCCUGUGCACCGUGAUAACAGUGUGACAGCCACCUCCUGGCAUAUCGGACCAGACCUCUCUUGACAAAUGUAUCUGCAGAUGACUUCUCAGGGUCCUGAUCUCUACCUGAAUGUCACUGGGUAG